AUGCUGCGAGGAAUUGUGCCCAACCCUUUAGAAAUCUACAAUAAUCUACUAUCGAAAAUAGAUGACCGAAUCGUAGGCUACCCACUGAUGCAGGAUCCAUUACAGAUGACCGCCAUCCUGUUGGGCUAUGUCUUCUUCGCAGUGUACGCUGGUCCUCGCAUGAUGGCAAACCGCAAGCCCUUCCAUCUAAACUCAGCCAUGAUCGCCUACAACCUUAGCAUGGUUUUAUUGAAUGGUUACAUAGUGUAUGAGUUCCUGAUGUCUGGAUGGGCUACUACCUUUACAUGGAGAUGUGACCUUAUUGAUACCUCGAGGAAGCCGCAGACACUUAGGAUGAUUCGAGUGGCUUGGUUGUUUUAUUUUUCAAAAUACGUCGAACUACUUGACACAGUAUUCUUUGUGCUGAGAAAGAAACAAAACCAGAUCACAUUUCUCCAUGUCUUCCAUCACUCCUUCAUGCCCUGGUCGUGGUGGUGGGGUGUCGUCCAGACUCCUGCUGGAGGAAUGGGCUCCUUCCACGCCUUGGUGAAUUCAACAGUCCACGUUAUCAUGUACUCUUACUACGGACUCUCUGCUGCAGGCUUCCAGAAAUACCUCUGGUGGAAGAAGUACUUGACUGCCAUCCAGCUUGCACAGUUUGUUCUGGUCUCUAUUCACAUCAGCCAAUACUACUUCAUGGAAAAGUGUGACUACCAGGCUCCCCUGUGGAUCCACCUUAUCUGGAUGUAUGGUGUUCUUUUCUUCAUCCUCUUUUCACACUUUUGGGUGCAGGCCUACAUAAAGGGAAACCGACUCCCUGAGACACAAGACAAGCCAAAACAGAAAAGUUCAACCAGUGAACACACUGUGCAGACCAAUGGUAAACACCUGGAGAAUGGGAAUGGGCCCCACCACACCAAUGGAAAAGUCAUCAUGCGAAAAGUCAAGGACAUCUAA